CUCAUUGUCUUAUUCGAUUCUUGCUGUCUAGCAGGUCAGCGAUGCCACUUCAUCAGUUCAUUUCGUUAUAUAUAGAGGCAAACCACAACCGAGAAGACACCAUUGAAGGUUUCUCCUCUUCUGAUUGUCUUCCUUUUUUGAGAAAAAACGAAGCACUACAGUUCCACUACAACCAUGGCUUGCCACCUCAGAUCUGCUAGUGUGCCUUCCAGCCCUCGCUCGAAUGGCAUUGGUGUUGAGGAACAGAUGCAGAGAUUGAAGAGAACCGUCUCUUUGUCUUCUGUGACCAUUGGAACCAUGUGCCAUGGUUUGAGAAAGCUUGGAGAAGUAUACAACACCAUCGGCGAGCUUGUGUGCUUACCCAGCAACCAAGUUAGACAGCAGAGGAAAGCAGUGGAGCAAGAGCUCGACCAAUCCCUUGUCCUUCUCAAUCUCUGCAACACUAUGCAAGAGAGAUUCUCUGAGCUCAAAGAAACCAUCCUCGACAUGCAAUUGGCACUCAAGAAAGGAGAUCAUACAGCUGUACAAGCCAAGAUCCAGUCCUACAUACGCGUUGCCAAGAAGGCACAGAAACAGUUCAAGAAAAUCAGCAAAAAGCGCACCACAGCAGAUCAAGAAAGUUGCAGGGUGGUCAAGAUGCUGUCUGAAGCCAGAGAGAUUGUUGCCUCAAUGCUGGAAUCCUCAUCGUAUCUGCUGUCAAGAAAAAUCAUGAUGAGUUCCAGCAAGUGGUCUCUUUUCUCCAAGACAUUCCAGAAGAAAAGUUUUGUUUGCGAGGAGGAGCAACUGCAGGAGUUAGAGCUGGACAUCAUUGAUCUUGAGGGUGGAGUUGAGUCUUUGUUCAGGGCAUUAAUCCAUAGCAGAGUUUCCCUUCUAAAUACUCUCACCUUGUAGAUAGAUCAUAAACAGCUCUACCCCCUGCCAUUAGCAACCGCCUUUUAGAGGGUCUGCUGUCAUGAAAGCAAUUUUGAUGUGUGUGUAUAUAUAUUAUGAUAGAAGGUGUACAGAAAGUUACUCAAUUGAGAACCAAAGUUUUAGAUCCAUUUCUUGGCGUCAUUUCAGUAUUCCUAUUUGUGCAAACAAAAAUUGUUACCUACCAGCGAAAACAAUUUCUUAUGUUUUUCUCCCCUUACAAUGUCGCCAUGUCACCAAAGAAAUGUUCAGUAUAUUCAGUGAAACAGACAAGCAUUCCAACAGAAAAUAACACUGAUGUUGCCAAACAUAAAAAUGUGUAAUCUCCACUAAGUUAUACUACAAGCCAGCAAGCUUUUUGCAAAGAGACAUACAAUGCUAGCAAAAUAAGUAAUCGCUAGUAUUAAAUAUAUGGGCGGGGGAGAACACAGGAACCUCUCACCGUUGAGCUCCAUCGAGUGUCCACAGCAAAGCGCCUCUGCCGCUGCGGAAACAUAUGGAUGCAUGAUUUGGCAGAAGGAUCCACAAGGAAGAACAACGGAACAUCCACACCCAAGAGCAGCCGUGGACCGUGGUUCUCAGGCAAGUCCAUGUCGGCGGCGGCGAGGGCGGCAGUUAUCGCCGGAUUGAAAUGGCCGAAUGGCGGAAUGAGGGACUAAUAAGGAAAAUGUCGGAUCCAAUGUGGGGUGCUUUAUGCUAAUAUUUAAAAAUAAUUGUUAUUUUGUCGCU